UUAAAAAUGAUUGGCCGAAAAAUGUUAAAGCUAAACAAGUACAGGGACGGAGGUAGUAUGAAAUAUUGUCCAAUUAAACUAGACACUUCUUCUAGGUAGGAGGAAGUAUUUAUAUAACAAGGGCCAAAUUUAAAAAAAAUAUGGGGAGCAAAUUUCUUUUAAAUAUAAAGAGGUGGAAGAGGCAGAAAAAGAGUAGUGAGAGGAUAUUGGGCGAUCGAUGGCACUGUUCACAGAGAAGCAAGAGGCCCUUGUGAAAGACUCAUGGGAAAAAGUGAUGAAGCCAAACAUGUCUCAGCUUAGCCUUCGUUUCUUCACUCUAAUCGUAGAGAAAGCUCCAGAGGCCAGGAACAUGUUCUCUUUCCUGAAGAUGAACAGUACUGACGGUGAUGACGACGAGGCGGAGGAGGAGGGGGAAGAAGAUGCUAUUACAGCUGCUGGGAACAAUCCCAAUAAUAAGCUCAUCAAAUCCCAUGCUCUCAUUGUCUUCAAAUUGACUUGUGACUCUGCGAUUCAGCUGAAGGAGAAAGGUGAAGUUUUGGUUGGAAGAACCACCCUCAAAUUUUUGGGAGAUAUUCAUCUUCAAAAGGGAGUCACUUCCCCUCACUUUGAGGUAGUAAAAGAAGCUCUACUGCAAACAGUGAAAGAGGCAAUGGGGGAGAGAUGGAAUGAAGAAAUGAAUGAAGCCUGGGGUGAAGCCUAUGAUCACUUGGCUACUGCUAUCAAAGAUGAAAUGAUGGCCCAAGUAUCCUCCCCCUCCCCCUAAAGUUUGGUGCAUUCACUUGGCUACUGUUCCAUGUUUUACUCCAAAUCUUAAACAAGUUCUCAUUUGAUAUGGAAGAACAUGGGCAGACUGGUACCAAAACAGCAGGAAUAACACCAUAAACAGAUUUCAAAUAA